CGCGUUCAAGAUUUCCGGUGCUUUCGAUCUCUGGCUGCUAGCUAGCUAUCCAAUAAAAACAUGUCCGCUCCUGCUCCAGAAGGCUCCGCGCCUGGCAACCGCCGCCUACAACAGACACAGGCCCAAGUGGAUGAGGUGGUGGAUAUCAUGCGUGUGAAUGUGGACAAGGUGUUGGAGCGUGACUCGAAGCUGUCUGAGCUGGACGACAGGGCGGACGCAUUGCAGGCCGGAGCCUCCCAGUUUGAGACCAGCGCUGCCAAACUCAAAAGGAAGUUUUGGUGGAAGAACUGCAAGAUGUGGGCCAUCCUGAUAGCUGUUAUAGUCAUCAUCCUGGUCAUCAUCAUCAUCUGGAGCCAGUCGUCGUAAAGAAGCAGUUGUUGGAGGCGGAGGAGGAAUGGGCGAAGGAUGGAGAGGAGCGAGUAAAGAGCUCAACGUUUCAAACACGAGGUCUCAUGGUUUAGCCUACUGAGCUUCAAAGCCCAUUCUCUACAGCAGUGGUCUUUCUUCCUGGUUCUGGAGGGCCUAUCCAGUGAGCUUUAGAAUGAUACAUUGCAGAUAGAAAUGUAUUGGGUAGAACUGAUACCAUUCUUCAUUCCAUGAUGGAAAGGCAUGUUCAUUUUGUACAGUACCUUUUUCUAUUUGCAACCCUUUGAAUGUACCUGCUGAAUAGACCCAUGGUUCAACUACAUAUAAAGGUCAAACACGCUGCGGCCCUCCAGCACCAGGAGUGUGAAACACUGCAUUGAAUUUCAAGUUAUUUGUGUUUUUUGUUAAUAUUAAUAAUAAUAAUAGAUUUGAUUGUGUGUGACAGAGUGAGACAAGACCCUGUGAUUUGCUCUGUGUGCUUUCCUGUUAGUCUCUACUGUAAUAUUGACCUGAUGUGCCAAGGAGUCACCCUCCACCCCCUUAAACACAGACACACCAGUCAUCACAUCAGAACACCAAAUGACUAAUUGACAUAGACUUUUGGAUUAUUAUAUCCACAGAAACAACUGGUCAUGGCUGAGAUUCAAUCUCAACCUUGUUCCUGUCUCUAACAGGACUGUGUGUGUGUGUGACUCUAAAUCUGUGGGCUUGAGUUCAGAGAAACUGCCAAGACGGGCACACAAGAGCCUUGUUUCUUUUCUGUUAGUCUUCUUGCCCAAAGUGACUGACAAUGAUACUGCCAUCAGUGCCACGCCGGUCAUAUAAAAGUAGUGCCUUAAGUAGUGAUUCAUGUCAAAGCACCAAACAAUAGAUAUCAGGCAAAGAUGGGGGAUCACAUUUUGGAUGUCUUGAACUUAAGAAACACAGCCAAAAGACAGCCAAGCCUUAUCGAACCAACAUAUGGAACCAGCAGUGCUUUCCAAUGAUCUGCAUAUUCAUGCCCGCACACACAUAUAGGCACUAAUGGUCUUCUCUGCAGGCUCCUGCUAUCCUUUAUAUUAUGCUAAUAACUACAACCUUUCAAUUUUUUUUAUUAAUUUGAUGCCAAUAAAUGUUUUUUUGUUCCUUAAAUAUAUUUGCUGUGUAGUGUUACUAAUCUUAAGAGAAACAGUGUAGUUGUUUUUUCUUUGCAUACUGAAAAGCCUUUGGUUGCCAUGGUUACUUUGUUGCUGCAGUGAAGAGCAUCAUGGAUGUUUAGGAAGGGGGAACUGUGUGGAGCAUGUUCAGUAUGUGUCAACACCUUUUUUAUAGGGUGCCAAAACCAAGGGCUUAUUUUCUGGGGUGCAACUAUACAGAUCCUUCAGACAGAUGUGUAUUGCAAAGAACCAACGUCACGGUCUUGUUGAGUGAAUUUUGUUCAAUUCAUUACAUUUCUAUCUGAAGUGCUCUAAAGAUGUUACAACUUACUAAACCCUGCCAAAUAAGCCUUCCCCAAGUCUACCCCUCCCUGUAUGAAUAUUAGAAAUGAGUGCAAUUCUACUCUGUGGCUUUACAAUGUUGUCUUGCUUGAAUAAAAACAGAUGUAACUUUUAUCACACAA